ACGCACACGCACACUUACUUUCUAGGACUACCCACCAUAGCCUGUGCGCGCGCAAGAGUGUGAGUGUAUAUAUAAAUAUAUAUACAUAUAUGUGUGUGUAUGUUACACACUCGCCCGGCAGCUGUUGAAUUAUUCCGAAGUUGAAACCUGGAGUGAUUUUUCCUACACCAUCAUCAUCAUCACCACCACCAUCGCCCUCCUCCUCGGUCGGAGUUAAACAGUGUGUGGACGCUAGGCUGGCUCUUCCUGGGGUGUAAGGCACCGAGCGCCUGUCAGCAUGGACGCCCAACUACAAGGCCAGCAGCCACAGAUAGCAGUGUAUCAACCGCAGAAGCCACUACAGCCAGAGAUGGGCUACAACAGCUUAGCCAAUUAUUACAUUGAGAAGAAAAUUGGACGGGGGCAGUUCAGCGAGGUCUACCGGGCGAAAUACUUGCUAGAAAACACUUCCGUAGCUUUGAAAAAAGUUCAGAUAUUCGAUCUGAUGGAUGCCAAAGCCCGGCAAGAUUGCAUCAAAGAGAUAGAUCUCCUGAAGCAACUCAACCACCCCAACGUAAUUAAAUAUCACGCAUCAUUCAUCGAGGAGAACGAGCUCAAUAUAGUGCUGGAGCUGGCGGACGCCGGGGACCUCUCGCGGAUGAUAAAGCAUUUCAAGAAACAGAGGAGGCUGAUCCCAGAGAAGACCGUAUGGAAGUACUUUGUUCAGCUGUGCAGCGCGCUGGAACACAUGCACUCCCGACGUGUAAUGCACAGAGAUAUUAAACCGGCCAACGUCUUCAUCACCGCAACAGGAGUGGUGAAACUAGGCGACCUGGGCUUGGGCCGGUUCUUCAGCUCCAAAACCACCGCCGCGCACUCUUUAGUGGGCACCCCUUAUUACAUGUCUCCCGAGAGGAUACACGAAAACGGAUAUAACUUCAAAUCUGACAUCUGGUCGCUAGGCUGUCUGCUGUACGAGAUGGCUGCUCUUCAGAGUCCGUUCUACGGGGACAAGAUGAACCUGUACUCACUGUGUAAAAAGAUCGAGCAGUGUGACUACCCUCCUCUGCCAUCGGAUCACUACUCGGAAGAGCUGCGAAAGCUGGUAGAUAUGUGCAUCAAUCCAGAUCCGGAGAAGAGGCCCGACAUCACCUACGUGUAUGAAAUCGCCAAGCACAUGCACGCGCUGACUCUGGCCAACUGAAUGCCCGUCCCUCCGUCCGCGUCUCCUGUCCUGUCUCUAGCUCGCUUCUGGAUGAUGUUCAACCCCAUUUAUUGUUUUUAUUAUUAUUACUCUUUUUUUUUUCUUUUUCAAUCCGACUCUGUAUUUGUUACAUGUUACAAUCAUUUGCUUUCGUCCCACGGGGAGGUUUAAUCCGAACUUGUGCAAUAACGUCGCCGCAUUUCUUCCUGUGUAACGACGAAAACGGGUCGCAGCAGGACUGGCGGAUUUACUAAGGCAUGCAACAAGCACACACUUGUGCAUAACUACAGCCAAAGAUGAGUU